AUGGCCAAAAGGACAGAGUCACGGACCUUUAACAUUAGUGUUAUUGGUCUGUCAGGAACUGAAAAGGAAAAGGGCCUCACUGGUGUUGGAAAGUCCUGUCUAUGCAAUCGUUUUAUGCGGCCUUUAGCCAAUGACUACCAUGGAGAGCACAUCUCUGUGUUAAGCCAAAGUGAUUUUGGGGGUCGUGUGAUCAACAAUGACCACUUCCUUUACUGGGGAGAUAUUUGCAAGACCGAUGAGGGAGUGGAUCACACAUUCCAUGUGAUAGAACAGACUGAAUUCACAGAUGAUGUUUCCUUUCAGCCAUUUAAAACUGGCAAAUAUGAGCCAUACAGCAAAAGAUGCAUUAGCACUAAAGUGCAGUCUGCUGAGAAGCUUAUGUACAUCUGUAAAGAGCAACUGGGGAUGGAAACAGACAGUGCUUAUGAACAAAAGCUGAUGCCUGAUGGGAAGCUGAACAUCGAUGGCUUUAUGGUGCUUUUUGAUGUCAGCUCUGUUCACAAUCGACCUAUUGAAAGACAAGUGGAGUUUGUCUCUAACAUUCUUCAGUCACUGCAGAAGAUCCGCAAACCAGUGGUAUUAGCUACCACCAAGCAUGACGAAGCAGUUGAAAGGUUCUGCAAAGAAGCAGUGGCAUUGGUUACCCGAAGUAAAGUUAACAUCCCCAUUGUUGAGACGUCAGCCCUUGAGAACAUCAAUGUUGAGCUGGCCUUCAUGACCCUAGCUCAUCUGAUUGAUGGGACAAAAGUCCGCAAAAAAAUAAUUCCGUUUGCUGAUGCAUACCGUGCCCGCAAAGACGUUUUAGAGGUGGCCACUAAGGCUUAUAAGAAACUGCUCAAUACUCAGGUAACAGAUCCCAAAGCCUUAUGGACUACUUGGAAGAAGAAGUUUAUGAAAGAAUCAGACUAUAUCCAUUAUGUUGACCUGUUCGGCACAGAGCAGGCAAUGGAACAUUUUCGGAAACAUACCAAGCAAUUACGUGAGGAGCAGCUUCGGAGACGAGAGCUGCAUUAUUUGGAUAGCUUACCUUCAGUAUUACAACAUUUCUUUCCUUCUUUGGAUGUCAUUUCUGACAAGAGCUGGAUUUCCUGUCAGAACUACAUCUACCGCCAUCCAGACAUGCCAAAAUUCUUUGUCAACAUUGGAGGAGAUGGACAGUCUUGGAGAGAUGGAGACUGGCUUGACAAUGAUGAUAAGCGAUUACCUUUUGAUUUGCUUAAAUCAUCAGAAGCAGAGACCACUUUUAAGAACCAUGUUAAUGCUCUGCAAGAACAGCACAAAAAAUUUGAGCUGAAAAGGAAAUUCAAGGAUUUCUUGGAGGAGAACAAGCAGGUGAAGCCAGGUAAGCCAAUCAGUGAGACGUACAUCUGCUUUGUUGGUAAGGAAUGCUACAAUGGUCUGAAUGAGCGGGAGAGAGACGAAGUGUAUGAGCAACACCAAGCAGACCUUCGGCAACGCGCCAAGCUCGAUUUCCAAGAACUCAUGUGGGAGAAGUCUGAGGUUUUUACGGAGCUCAACCCGUCUGUGCGACUCACGCAAGAUGACCUCAAAAUCAUUACAAACGCCUUACAGAAUGAUUCUAGAUAUCAGCUGCUGGAUCGUCUGGAGGAAGACCGCAAAGUAAUGAUUUUAAACCAUUUAGGCUUCAUUCAGUGCCCUUCAAAGGAAAGGUGUUACUUCCGUGAGAACUGUGUCGAAGCUAUGGCACAAAAAAUCCUUGCAUACAAACCAACAAGACCUGAUGCUUCCGAAAGUUCACAGGCCCAGAAUGGUGCUGAGCAACCUUUUAACCUGGUGCUACUGGGCAAAGAUGGACUGGCUUCAGAGGUCAACCUGGAAAUUAGAGAUCUGUGUGUGGAAGAUGAGUAUAGCUGUCAGAAUAUCAUGUUUAGUCUUGAUUAUCGUCCAAUUGAUGGCGAUGUCAGUCAAGAACAGCAUGCAUUUGUGACUCCAACAUUUAAACCUCAUGGCUGUGUCUGUGUGUAUAAUUCUGUUCAUACAUUUGAAUAUGUGCGAUACAGUUUGGAGCAGACUUGGCUGUCUGACUUGGCUUGUGAGGAUGGCCAAGUGCUGGACAGGUUGCGUUUUGUGAUAAUCCAAAUACACAACUCGAUGAUUAGUGAUCGAGAAGUUGAGCAAUUGAGGGAACAAGGAUGGCAGUUAGCUACUAAACUGCAGUGCAAAUUCUAUUACAUUCCACAUGAACUAGAUGCCAGUGAAAGAAGAAAAAUCAGCCAGGUUCAAAUCGAGAAAGCAUUGCAAAGCAUUAUUCGCCCUGUUGCAUCUGGACUGUUAUCGAGUUGGCACUGCUCAGAUUUUCUGGAGGCAGAUUUGAAGAUUGCUGUCUGCAUGAUGUGUGGCGAUAAGUUUUCCAUUGAGUUUUCUCUUGCCCCGUUGCUCAACCAAGAUUUCUUUCGUGUCAUCAAUGAAGAAAAUGGCCAGUGGAUGAUUGAAGUAUUUCUCGAUGACAUGCGAGUACGAGUGGAAAUCAUUCUUACAUCGUAUCACGGUGCCAACCUUAUGAAGGAUGAACUGUUCCAUGGUUACUUGUUGAUUUAUUCUGCUCAAAGACGAGCUUCCCUCUCUACCAUGAGGGCCUUUGCAUCACAUCUUCGUCACCAGCUGCCCAUUCUAGUCUUGGCUAUUACAGACAGCACCAGUACAGCUGAUGAACAUGUAAAAACAUUGAUCUCAGAGGGCAAUGCUGUUGCUGAUAUACUCAAAGCACACUUCAUGACUACACCACCACAUUUUCAGCAUCAACAUUCAAUUUUUAAUCCAUUCUUCAAAGAUGCAUGGGAACGACGUGAGGAUACAGAGAGUUUCUUCCAUCAUGUAUCAGAGCCACCUUCCAACAUCUUGUUUGAGCUGAAUCCCACCAUUGAAAAGAGACCUCCUGCUCCUCUGCCCAAACCGAAUGAUUUGUAUCACACAACGAAGAGUAGCACUAUUAACAGGUGCAUCUCGCCAGACUGGGGCUGUCAAAGUACCGAGGAGUCCGAACCGUUGUAUGAUCAUCUGGUUUUCCCAAACCAGUACCAUUCGGAUAGUGAGCACGAACGGGUUUCAUCGCCAUCUCCCCCACCAGUUUCAUCCCUGACUGACUACGAAAUCAUUAGUAGUGUGGCUGCUCAGACGAAUGGAGAACACCUCAUCAAACCAAGCCAAGUGAAAAGUCGUCGUAACAAAUGUGUUGGGCCAGAUGAGGAUGAUUUGGAAGAACAAUAUAGAGAGCACCAUCGCAAAUCCUACCCAGCUGCAGAUGUGACCGAUGCCAUGCACUUGUUUAGUUUGUACGGAAUAAGCGAUCCAGUAGCCGAGGCUGAUCUCCAUCCACCGUCCGCAUACUACCCCUUCAAGAAAUCAAGCAGCAUGGGGUUGGCCAGCAAAGAGGAGCUUGAAGGAUUAUUGGAAUUCCCUGUUUACGAUAGUCCCACCUGCCAAGCAGAUGAUACGGUAUGGGCUGAAAACAACCUGUACAAGUCUACCAAAGGCAGUACCAAGGCUUCAGGGAAUCGACUGGAGCCAGGGCCUUUGAAUAGGAAACAAUAUGAACCUGUGGCGAAGGUGAUCACACGAAAUAUUACCAACGCCCGAAACAUGCCCACUAGUGGCCGUCUCCAGGCUCCACUCGCUGUCCCUGAACCAAUAGAAAUAGCUGAUUAUGAAUUUGUCUCUUUAUUUGUGUUUCUUGAUUUUUCUUUCUCUUUCUUCCUCCAUUCUUUCUUUCUCCAUUCAUUUCCCACUCUAUCAUUUCUCUUUUUCUUUCUUUAUUACUUCUUUUUUUCUCUCUUUUUGAUUCAUUACUUCAAACUGCUCUUCCCUUAUAUUUUCCAACUCUCACUUCAUUCUUUUCAAGUUUCCCCAUUUCUAUCUUCUUUUAUUUUCAUUAUCCUUCUUUUUCAACAUCUUCCAUCUUUCCCUUUUUUCUACUUUUCUGCACUUAUUUCUUAUUGUUUGUCAUUGUGUAGUCUAUUAGUGUCACCUGUCAAGGGAUUUUUUUCUCUCUUCUCCCUGAUGCAGGAUGCUGUUCCCCAGUCUCCUCCUGAGAGUGACUAUGCUCUAGUCGAAGAUGCCUUACCUGCAGGCAAGGUCCACCGUAUCAAAUCCACUCGCAAGAAGGAACACAAAGUCUUUGGCACCACUGAUUCUGAAGACUCUGAAUUCAGCUCUUUAGAACGAGAUAGAAUGUCUAGCUUUGGCUAUAGAGUGAAUCGUCACCCCACCCCGUACAAAAUGCACCACACUCAAAGAUAUGAUGAUAUCUACAUGACCUUAGAACCUGAUGAGAGGCAUUUGCAGGGGUACUUUUACCACCGAGCUGACUUACUCUCUUGCUGGUUUGGCUGCACUACUAAUACUGCUGUUCUUACUGCUGCUGAUGCAGUCUCUCACCCUCUCUCUCCCUCCACAAAUAUCUUUUCAUCUAUAUUGUCCAUUGCAUUUCUUCAUUAUACCCUUUUUCGCAGCCAGUCGCCUUCAGAAGGCAGUGAGGGCACAGGUGAUGAGCUACUCCUUAGAAGAAAACCCCGUUCAUUUAAAAAGAAAUGUCGUUCCUCUCCUACCAUGGAGAGCAGCACUUGCACCAUUAGUCCACCGCUGUCUGACAGUGAUAACCUUAAUGUUUUCUCAACUCUAACACUUUUUUUAUACAAACAUACACACACGUUUUUAUAUUACUCUCCCUCUUACCUUACUCUAUAUCAUUCUCUUUCUUUCCCUCUCAUCCCUCCUCUAUAUCAUUCUAUUUCUUUCCCUCUCAUCCCUCCUCUAUAUCAUUCUCUUUCUUUCCCUCUCAUCCCUCCUCUAUAUCAUUCUAUUUCUUUCUCUCUCACCCUAACUCUAUAUUAUUAUUUCCACUCUCUCUCUCUCUCUCUCUUCAUGCUGCUGCUUCUGCUGCAUGAUAUCUAUCUUGGCUGGAACUUAAAAUGCUUAGAUUUUUUGGGGGAUUUUUUUUCUUAUUUGUCUCAAUUUUUUGGAGGGACCAUUAGUCCCAGAGUUGAAUAUAGUUCAAGUACCCUUUCAAAGUAUGGCACCUUAGUGGAUGAAUAUGGAGAUCUGACUGACAGUGGCAAUUGGAAGGAUAUGUUUAAUGUUAAAAUCCGUCACAAAGACAGUACAACAGACAGAGCCAAAAAGAAAGAGGAGAAGAGACGACAAAAAGAAGAGGAGAAGAAACUGAAAGAGCAACAAAAGUUGCAAAAGAAGAUCAAGAAAAAAGAUGGUAAAGUUUCCAGUGCUUCACAAAGUGGGUCUGUAUUGGAAGAUUAUACAAUGUCUCCAAGGUAUCCUAGAGUUCCUUUGUUUGUAGAAAAAUGUGUACAGUUUAUCGAAGAAGAAGGUCUGACUGCAGAAGGUAUCUACCGAGUCCCAGGAAACCGUGCCCAAGUAGAACUGUUACUAACUAAAUUUCAAGAAGAUCCAAGUGUGGACAUCCAGUCUUUAGACAUUCAAGUGAAUGCUGUAGCCACUGCCCUAAAAGGGUUUUUCAAUGACCUGAUGGAAGCUUUGUUGCCUUCAACUCUCAUCAAUGAGUUGACUGAAGCGUCUGGUUUUCCAGACAAGAGCAGCAGACUUUUAGCCCUUAGAGGAGUCCUUAAAAAAUUACCAUUAACUAAUUAUGAAGUACUCAAAUAUCUCAUCACUCAUUUUAAUAGAAUUGGGCGUCAUUAUGACACAAACAACAUGGACAGUAAAAAUUUAGCUCGGUGUUGGUGGCCAACGUUAAUUCGAAUGGACUUCCAAUCCUACGGAGAGUUGACUUACAAUUCUCGAAUUCCCCUUGAAAUUUUACAGACUCUCAUAGAACAAUCUGGUUUCUUCUUCCACGGAGAGAAUCAAGUAUGA